AUGACCAUGUUAAAAGUGUGUUCCUUUUAUUCCUUUAUUCGAAACACAAGUUUUGUAGCAGAUAAUACGUUAAAUAAUUCAAAAUUUGGUACAAGAAUAAUAUCCUUAGGUCAAACACCAUUGAUAUGUAAUACCGUUUAUCAAAAAGUAACCCGUUCGAUUAGCACUGUUCCUGCUUCAGAACCUUCACUUCGUACUAUUGAAAAGGAGGAUAAAGCUCACCAAGCUAAUCACUAUGUAAAAGUUCCAGAACGCGGUCUUUUAGAAUUACAUGGUGAAGAUACUGUAAAGUAUCUACAAGGAUUAAUUACAAAUAAUAUGCCAUCGAUUAGUUCUGGUGGGGAUGGAUUUUAUACAGCAUUUUUGAACCCAAUCGGUCGCGUUAUGUUUGAUGCAUUUAUUCAUCCAAAAAAUUCGGGAACAUCAUUUCCACAUCCAACAUUUUUAGUUGAAUGUGAUUCACGUAUUUUACCAGAAAUAAUAAAACAUAUGAAAAAAUAUAUAUUAAGAUCAAAAGUGAAAAUCAAUGAUGUUUCAUCAUUUUAUCAGAUUUGGAAUGUUUGGGGUGAUAAAAUAGAUAAUUUAUGGUGGAGAAAUCAAGUACCUAAUCCUUCAGCAACAAAAUUGCAAACGGGUGUUUUAGUAUUAAAAGAAAAAAUCGCAGAAAUUGGGUGUAGGGAUAAAAGGUAUCCUAAUAUGGGUUUGAGACUGGUGUUACCGCCUGAUACUAAACCGGCAAUACCAAAUUCAUUUACAGAAUUACCAUCAAACGAAUAUACUAUUAGAAGAAUUUUACAUGGAGUUCCUGAAGGAGUUCAUGAUUUUCCUCCAGGAGAAGCAUUACCAUUACAAUCAAAUUUUGAUUAUAUGGGAGGAAUUGAUUUUCGUAAAGGAUGUUACAUUGGUCAAGAACUUACUUUUAGAACAUAUCAUACUGGAGUUACAAGAAAACGUAUUUUGCCCGUUCAAUUAUAUCGUGAAGGUGAAAGCGUACCAAUCACAUUGGAAGUUGAUCGUAAUUCCAAACUAGUUCUUCCACCACCUUCUAGUGAUAUCAAUAUAUUGAAUAGAAAGGGACGACCAGUAGGUUCUAUUGGUACAUCAUACCAUAAUGUAGCUUUAGCAUUAUUAAAAUUAGAUAUAAUUCAAGAAAAUGAGCUAACAAUUAAUAAUGGUCAAGGGGAAAAUCUGAGGUUAAAACCUUUUAUACCUCAUUGGUGGCCGAAAGUUGAUGACAAAGAAAAUAUACAAGAAAAACCAAAAGAUGAAUUAAAAGUAUAA